CGAGUCGCGUUAGACUUCUUUGAACAUAUGACAUAGAAAAACAAUUAGACAUGCUGUAACAACAACAUUAGAAGAUAGCAAUUAAAAGACAGAACAAGUCUAGUUGGUCGGAGGUCAGUGGUCGGAUGCUGCAGUCCAGAGAGACGCGAGCAGCUCACGCACGUGUCCAACGCUCAGUUCACCAUGUUUCGUAUAGUUACAACCUGUGCAGUGUUCCUGCACCUACAUAUUAUGGUUCUAUCAGCGAAGCAGCAGGUACAACUUUCAGAUUCAUAUCUACCUGUGGCGAUGCAGGUGAUAGCGCACCUCACGGAUCAGAUGGCUUUUGAAGUAAAGGAUGACGUGCCCAAGAGCACCACUGCCAAGCCCUUGUAUGUCACAUCAGAUUUUUUCGCAAGCUUGCCCAAUACUGGCUGGCGGAUAAGAUAUGGUAUUGCAAGAGACACAACCACAGCAUUCCACAAGCCUGGUCUUUAUGCACCAGCUUCGCCUCCAAAACCAUCAGAAAGACAAAAGAGCAAUAACUACGUCCUUUUGCCUGUUGAACAAAACUAUCAACAUACUAUCAUAGAACCUCAAGAGAAGAAAACCGAAGAACCAUUGUUAGCAGCGCAUAAUGAGGAAGUCAGCCCGUUAUUGGAACCUCCUCCGAAUCAUCCCCAUCAAUUAUUACCCUACAAUCCCAUCAAGUAUCCACGAAGUUCAGAUGAUGAAUUCAAUGAGGAGAACCUUCAAUAUUUAUCACCACAAAUCAGGGACAUGAUCAGAAUGGCAAAAAAUCCCGAUGAUGAAAGAUUGAUAGAUGUUUGGGAUGGUCUAAGAGCUAAUCCCCUGGAAGUAUCAUCAAGGGGGAAACUAUCGACCUCCAACUUGAGAUUGCUACUGCUUUACGAUCUCUUAAGUAGAGACGCGAAGAGACAAAGGCUUUCUGACUACAGUGGAUUUUCUCCUGACGUGAUGAAGAACCUGGUAGAGUCUUCAGACGGAGGUGCCAGUGAACAACUCCGAUUCGCGCUUUCCAAGAUGGUGGAGAGAAACGACUGCGGUAACGACUACGCUAACAAUAGAGCGAAAGAAAUGGUUGUUGAACUGGCCAAGGCAGAAUCUAAAUUGUCUUCCGAGCUCAGAUACCUGCAGCCUCUCGUAUAUAAGUUCUAACUCUUGAUGUAAUUAAUGCAAUGUAUUACACGUUAACAUAUUAUUUUUAUAAAUGUUUCUGCAAUAGUAUAUUUUAAAGAUUAUUCACUGGCUUUACUUUUUAUAGGUUAAAAGAAAAAAAAAAACAAUAAAAAUAAGCAAAAUAUAAAA